AUGGCGACCAGAAGGAGGCUGCUGCUCUGGGCUGGGCUGGCGCUGCUGGGGGGCCUCUGUGAGUCCAGCCACCUCGGCCGGGAGUUCAUCACCGCUUUCAUGCAGAACAGUGGCAAGGGCGAAGAUCCUGACUUCCAGCUGCUCAUCAGCGGCUACUCUGCCAUCACCUUGGUCACCGUCACCAUGCACAAGUCGACCUUCCGGAGAGAGAUCACGGUGGAGCAAGGGCAGACAGUGACAGUGCAUUUGCCACCUUCCGUGGAGAUGGUGGGCAGUGGGACGUUCAACAGCACCGUGCUGGUCUGUGCCAAUAAAGACAUCACUGUCCUGUCUCUCAGCUACAAGCAGUAUACGUCUGAAACUACUGUUGUGUACCCUGUGGAGAGCAUGGGGAGGUUGUAUUAUGCCAUGACGCCAAGCGGCAAGGCAGAUGACCCCUACAAGGAGUUUGCUGUGGUGGCUUGGAACUUCCCCACCACGGUCAGUGUCCAUCUGAAAGGAGCGGUGACUUUCCGAGGGGUCAAGUACGCAGCAGGAAGCAGACUCACUGUUUUCCUCCUGGCUUUCGAAGCUGCCCAGUUCCAAAGCCGAGAAGACUUAUCCGGCUCUAGGAUUGUGUCCUGGAAACACGUGGCCGUCCUGAGCGGCCAUAGCUGCACCUCCAAACACAGCUCGUGUGACCACGUGGUCGAACAGCUCCUGCCUGUCUCCAGCUGGGGCACCACCUUCAUCGUCCCGCCCUUAUCUUUCCAACCUAAGUAUGACUUGGUGUAUAUUGUAGCCUCCCAGAGGAGCCACCUGAGUUAUCACUGGGGGAGAGAGAUCUCCAGGAAGGACAUGGUGGCUGGGGAGGUGGUGACCCUUGAUAUCACACACUCCAAGCCCUUGUACAUCACCUCCAGUGCUGGAAUCCAAGUUGUCUUCUUCUUCACGGGCAGAAGCAAAGAGGGUUUCACAUAUGACCCCUUCAUCAUCAACAUCCCUCCCACCACAAGCUACUGCAGGUCCUACCACCUGGAUGGGAUAAAGGGCUUCCAGAACUACGCACUGAUCAUUGCAAAGAGCUCCGAAGCUGACGGGACCACCACGGAUGGACAAUUGCUCAGCAACGUCCAAUGGAAACCAAUCCAGGGCACGGAUUUCUCCUGGGCAGAGUAUGACUUGGGUGAAGGGGUCGGCUCCCACUCCCUGGAGAGCCCCAGCUCUGCCUUUGGGGUGCUGAGUUUUGGGAUCUCAACGGAGUUUGCGGGGUAUGGCUCGCAGGCUCUCUGCAGGUGCGACAGCCCACAGUCCUGCAGCACCAUUGAGUGCAGGAAGAAGGAGAGAUGCGAGAUCACGAACUGCAGCCCAGCGUGUGUAGCCGAGUCAGAAUCCACCUGCCGGGUGCAGGGAGAAUCGCAUUAUCACACCUUCGAUGGGCAAACUUUCAACUUCACGGGCACCUGUACCUAUGCCAUCGCCAGGACCUGCGGCUCGGACACCACUCUCCCAUCAUUCAGUGUCGAGGCCAAGAACCAGAACCAACGCAACACACGCGUUUCCUCUGUUGCUUUCGUGACAGUCCGUGUCUACAAUGUCACCAUUUCGAUGGACAGAUACACAAAGGGGCUGGUGCAGGUGAAUGCCCGGAGCUCCAGCCUCCCCGUCUCCCUGAUGGAGGGGAAGCUGAGGGUGUAUCAGAGUGGGGGCUCGGUGGUCAUCGAGACUGACUUCUCCCUGAGGGUCUCCUACGACUGGGGCAGCUCCCUGGUGGUGCAGCUCUCCAGCAGCUUCUGGGAGCGUGUGUGCGGCCUGUGUGGCAACUACAACGGAGACCCUGGGGAUGACUUCACCACCCCCACGGGGGUGCUGGCUGCCAGCCCCGUGGAGUUCGGGAGGAACUGGAAGGUGGAGGAUGGGGACAGGUUCUGCUGGGACGACUGCCACGGGGAAUGCAAGAGCUGUUCCCCAGAGCUGGUCGGCAGGUACAAAGCUGAGCCCUUCUGCGGCUGGAUCACCAAAGGGGCGGGCGGCCCCUUCAGCCGGUGCCACUCCAUGAUCGACCCCAAAAUCUACCUGGACAACUGUGUCUACGAGCUGUGCAUGAACGACGGCCACCAGGAGAUGCUGUGCCAGGCGCUGACGAGCUACGCCGAUGCCUGCCGGGGAGAGGGGUUGGAUAUCUCCGAGUGGAGGACGCUGGUGGGAUGCUCUCUGCCCUGCCCGGAGAACAGCCAGUACCAGCUCUGUGGCUCCGCGUGUCCUGCCACCUGCAAUGACCAUGCAGCCCCUGACAACUGCUCCUCGCCCUGCGUGGAGACCUGCCAGUGCAACGAGGGCUUCGUGCUGGACGCUGGGAAAUGCAUCCACAAGGCCGGCUGUGGGUGCGAGUUCCAGGGGCGUCUCUACGGCCCCGGAGAGCAAUUCUGGGGGGACAGCACCUGCACCAGACGCUGCGUGUGCGACCCACAGAGCAGGCAGGUGAGCUGCGAGGCUGCAGGGUGCAGGACUGGGGAGCAGUGCCGGGUGAAAAAGGGCUUCCCAAACUGCUACCCCACUGGCUACGCCAGUUGCACGGCCAGCGGGGACCCCCACUACACCAGCUUCGACGGGCUGAGGUUCGACUUCCAGGGCAGCUGCCUGUAUCAGUUGGCUGGGCGGUGCCAGGAGCGGGAAGAGCUGGUGGAUUUCCAGGUCCUGGUACAGAACGACAACAGGGGCCUCCGAGCCGUGUCCUUCACCAGAGCCGUGGAAGUCCGAGUGUACGGAGUGAACAUCACGGUCAGCAGGGACUAUCCAGGAAGAGUUCUGGUGAAUGGCAUGCUCAUCAACCUGCCGUACAGCACCGACGAUGGCAAAAUCUCCAUGUACCGGAGAGGGCAGGAUGCAGCGAUCCAGACCGACUUCCAUCUCACCAUAGCCUUCGACUGGCAGGGCCGGGUCACCCUCACUGCCCCAAGCACCUAUGCCGGCGCCCUGUGCGGUCUCUGUGGGAACUUCAAUGGCGACAAGGGAGACGAGCUGACCAUGAGGGACGGCAGAGUGGCCCCGAAUGCAACGGCCUUCGGGCAGAGCUGGCGGGUGGCAGAGACACCUGACUGCACCGAAGCUGAGAAGCAGGAGUGCUCCAACCUAGCAGCCAUCGAUAGACACCAGCGGAAAAUCCAGGGGGAAUGCGGGAUGAUCCUAGCGACGGCUGGGCCCUUCCGAGAGUGCCAUCGCAAAGUCCCUCCUGAGGGCUACUUCCAAGAUUGUAUCUAUGACUAUUGCUUCUUCAGGGGGCAGCAGGCUGUUGUGUGCCAGAACCUCGCCAGCUACGCCGCAGCCUGCCAGGCUGCUGGGGUGACUAUAGAGCCAUGGCGAUCCAACAGCUUCUGUGACCCCACCUGCCGCAGUAACUCCCACUAUGAGCUCUGUGGGAACGGCUGCCCUGCCACCUGCCACGGGCUCUCGGCGCCGGACGGCUGUGAUGCUCCCUGCGCCGAAGGGUGUUUCUGUGACGCCGGGUUCCUCCUGAGUGGAGACCGAUGCGUCCCCAUCGAGCAGUGCGGCUGUGUGCACCAGGGCAGGUACUACAGGAAGGGAGAAGAGUUCUACACCAGCGCCUCCUGCUGGGAGCAGUGCCGGUGCCAAGACAACGGGGUCGUCGAGUGCCAGGAGGCCUCCUGCGGAGCCAGUGAGGAGUGCAGGGUGGAGAGUGGCGUCCUGGGCUGCUAUCCUGCAGGCAGAUGCACCGUGGCUGGUGAUUCCCACUACCUGACCUUUGAUGGAUGGGCUUUCGACCUACAUGGCAAUUGCACCUACACCUUAGCCAGAGUCUGCAGCAGCGAUGCCGGGCUGGUGAACUUCUCUGUGGUAGUAGAGAAGGAGAAUGCUGGUGAUGGCCGCAUGGCUCGGAUGAGGACAGUGGUGGUCUCCGUUCAUGGUUACACCAUCACCAUGGAGAGAGGGAGGAAGUGGAAGGUCAUGGUGGGCGGUGAGCUCUACAAUCUGCCACUGGCUAUGGACGAGGGGAAGCUUCUGAUCAAUCAGGAAGGGAACAACAUCAUUGUCCAGUCAGCCUCUGGCCUACAAGUCCUUUACGACGCUGCCUCCUACCUCCUAGUGUCCAUCCCCAGCAACUACAAGGGACAUGUGUGUGGCUUGUGCGGCAACUUUAAUGGAGACAAGAAUGAUGACUUCCUGCUGCCCAAUUGGAAGAGCGCCCAGAACGCGGAUGAGUUUGGGAGCUCCUGGAAGGUGCCCGUUGAUGGUGCCAUGUGCACCAAUGGCUGCAAUGACAGAUGCCCCAUCUGUAAUGCAACCCAGAUAGCGCCAUACCAGACUGAGAGGUCUUGUGGUCUGAUCAGAGCCGCCUCGGGUCCCUUCAGAGACUGUCACUCACUGGUCAGCCCUGCCGAGUACUUCAACCACUGUCUCUACGAUAUGUGUGCUACCAAUGGGACGGGCAAGACCCUCUGCCAGAGCCUUCAGGGCUACACAGCUGCGUGCCAGGCAGCUGGGGCCAAGAUCAGAGCUUGGAGAACAUCCUCCUUCUGCCCUCUCACCUGCCCAGCUAACAGUCACUACGAACUCUGCACUCGCUCCUGCGAUUUCACCUGUGCCGGCCUGUCCAAUUCACCCCAGUGCACAGAGAGAUGCUUCGAAGGCUGCCAGUGCGACAACAGGCUGCUGUUUGAUGGGGAGAGUUGUGUGUUUCCGGGUGUCUGUGGAUGCUUCAGAUACGGGAGAUACAUCAAGUCAAUGGAGACUGUGAUUUCUGCCAACUGCACUGAGAAUUGCACCUGCUACCUUAGGAGCAACCUUGUGUGUCAGAAAGUUGCCUGUGAGCCCACACAGACCUGCAUGCUCAAGAACGGCACACACAGCUGCACAAAGGAGAGAGAAUAG